AUGAAACACUAUAUAAUAUAUGUCUCUCUUCUUCUUUUGAGAAGCCCUGGUUUCAUUGCCGCAGGACCCUUGUCCAUCCCGUGGUCGGAUAAGACGCAUGGGCCGGAUGGGCCAUGUCAUGCAGCUACGAUCAGUCUAGGCUCGCCCCAGCAAGCAAUCGACUUGUAUCCCGGGGGCAUGAUAAGACAAUCCAACCAAUGGGCCUUGCCAAAUGAACUACCCCGUUACGGGAAUGCAGUGCGUACGUUCGACGAGGGCAACAUUGAAGGCUAUUCAAUACCAAAUUUCUCGCUGAACGCCUUCUCCGAUACCUACCAGGUAUACCCGGGAGGUAAGGCCAUCGAGACAACAUUCGUCCCUAGUUAUGUCCAUGAGCAUGAUGACAUCCGUCUAUAUUCUAACGGCGUGCACAUUGGCUCCGUACCCUUGGGGAUUCCAGAAUCGCUAGUGUUGGGCGGUUAUGGCAAAAACCGGGUGCUGGGUGAUGUUUCGACGCAAUCAUACUCGAGUGGCGACCUCCCUAUUGAUCUACUAAAUCUCAAAAUCGGCAUGGAUACACUCGGUCUCCUCCACCGGGGCAACACUUCCAUCAACUACAGUGUCACGGUUUUCGCAAGCGGUGCCAACCCCUACAUAUAUCUCCCACACAUCACCUGUGAAGACAUCGCGGCCGAACUCCCCAUUACGCACCAUCCCGAAUAUGGUCUUUACUUCUGGAACACCGAGGACAAGCGCUACUCCGACAUUGUGAGCGCACCGACCUAUCUGGGGUUUACCUUCAGUAAGAACGGGCUCAAUAACGCAUAUAUCACCAUCAAUGUUCCAUUUUCACUGCUAAACCUGACGCUGGAGGCACCGCUCGCUGUUUUUGUCGGCGUCAACUUGGGGCCGCAUCAGGGCAGCUGGUUCUUGGCGUACGCUCCUGGCCGCAACAUCCCCGGUACCACUACAGUGGUAACGAACAACCCCUCAGAUAGUACGGUGGUUUGGAAGGAGCUGCCUACAACAUCGGCUUCAAUCACGAGCACACCGAUACGGUUGGAAGAUAGAAGCAGGAGCAGCGGAUUUUCUAUGGGAGCCAAAACCAGUACUGCCGUUGGAGUAGCGGCAGCAGCAAUCUUCGUGAUCUGUUGCAUUGCUUGA